AUGCAAGACUCAACUCCCUGUAUCAACCCAAGUUUGCGACGUCCAUGGCAGAUUCUCUCGGACGGCGAAAAACGCUCAUAUCUCGAUGCCCAGCUUUGUGUGAUGAGAACGCCGCAGACCCUCGGUCUUCCUGGCGCGAGAACACGUUUCGAGGAGCUGGCUGCCACCCACCAGAUUGGCGCCCGUGCCAGCCAUGCCACGGGGACAUUUUCCCCUACCAUCGAUACCUACUGCAUGCCCAUGAAACCCCCUGAAGAGGAGCCCAUAAUGGGCGAUUACUGGGAUGAGACCAGGGAAGCUGGAAAUUUCAUCAAGUCUACCAUAUUCGAAUCGGGCCUCGGAUUCGGUGGCUUUGGAAGCGACCUCAAAGGGUGCAUCGAAGACGGACCUUUCGCAAACUUGACAAACGCUUUGGCAUCGCCCGGCGACCCGGUAUUCUACGUCCACCACGCUUGGGUCGAUAAGAUUUGGUGGGAUUGGCAGGAGGCUGAUCUUGAUAAUAGAAUGUAUGCUAUUGGCGGGCCCAGCUUCCAGUCACCUGAUAUCGGGUUUCCUGAGGUUCCUGGUAUUAUUCCCGACAUCAACAUUAGUAAGGUCAUGGACACUAGAGCGGCCCUAGGAACUCUUGCCUUCGUUGAGCUCAGCGAGGAUGGCGACAAUAAUUCCGAUAAAACCUGGGAGGCACGGCUCCUCGAAACAUCUCGCACUGAGUUAGAGGCGUCGAAAACCACCAAGGGAAGAGAGCAAACAAACUCUCUAACGCGAAUACUAUACCGAGUCCUUUACUUUAUCGACAUUCAUAUUUGGGAGCCCCUAUGCACUGGCGCGCGAUUUCUACACCUCACGGUCAUAUUCGUCCCCGUCCUGCUCGCUGUUCCUGUGAUGUGGGUUGGGAGGAAGCAAUCGGAUCGCGACAAUGAACGGGUUGGGGCUCUGUGGUGGUAUGCAUUUUUGGUACAGGCUAUGGAAUGGGCGGGCCCUGCCUUCAUUAAAUUAGGGCAAUGGGCGGCCUCCCGAACCGAUAUCUUCCCUACGCAGAUGUGUGAUGUCAUGUCGAAGCUCCACUCCCACGCGCCGGCGCACUCCAUGCACGAAACUCGAAAAAUUAUCGAAGCGGCAUUUGGCGGGCAAAAGUUUGAAGAUAUAUUUUCCGAGUUCGACGAAAGGCCCCUCGGCGUCGGCGCCAUUGCGCAGGUAUACAAGGCGAAGCUGAGGCCCGACCUCGCCAUACCGAGUGAUGCGGACCUCGAACGAGAGCCGUGGAAUCUUAGGCAGGACGUUGUGCGCAACGUCCAACACAUACUCAAGCAGACUCCGCAGAGGGUGCCGUCUCACUCUGUCGCUGUCAAGGUGCUGCAUCCAAGGGUUGAAAAGAUAGUGCGCCGGGACCUGCGCAUCAUGGGGUUUUUCGCACGUGUUCUCGACAUCAUCCCGUCGAUCGAAUGGCUAUCCUUGCCCGACGAAGUUGGCCAGUUUGGGGAUAUGAUGAAGCUCCAGUUGGACUUACGGAUAGAGGCGGCGAACCUGGCCCGGUUUCGAAAGCACUUCAAAGACCGCACGACCGCAUGGUUUCCUUAUCCGUAUCCCGAAUUGACGACCCGUAAUGUGCUUGUGGAAGAGUUUGCCAAUGGCAUACCCCUCUCCGCCUUCCUCGACUACGGCGGUGGCGUUUUUAGUACCGAUAUAGCCGACGAAGGCCUCGACGCGUUUCUCCGAAUGCUCCUUCUCGACAAUUUUGUCCAUGCAGACCUACACCCUGGAAACAUCAUGCCACCAAAUGACGCCACGGAGCUUGUUAGAUCGCGCCUAGAGCCACAUUUGCGGAAUAAGGACCCGGAAUCGUGGAGGGCCGAACUUCAGCGGCUAGAGCGCGAGGGCUACAGACCACAGCUCAUCUUCAUCGAUGCCGGCCUCGUGACAGAGCUUAAUAAUACGAACAGGCAAAAUUUCCUUGAUCUCUUUCGGGCCGUGGCCGAGUUUGAUGGGUACAAGGCGGGAAAUCUCAUGUGCGAGCGAUGCAGGCAGCCCGACGCCGUAAUCGACAAGGAGGUGUUUGCGCUCAAGAUGCAGCACCUUGUGUUAGACGUCAAGGGACGGACGUUAGCGCUGGGAAAUAUUAAGCUAGGAGACAUUCUCCACCACAGCGAGGUCAUCACGCUGAAUCCCCUCGUCCUUGGACACAAGCCGAUCCCAGCACCGCGCAAUGCCGCUGCAGAUGAAUUUUACUCGACAUGGUAUGAGAUCACCGAGCGCAUCCAGUAUAUUCCAGGCACGGGGAAGAUGGGAUCGGGCAAGAUUAGCUUCAACGGCUGCUUCCACGAUAUGCCCUGGGGUUUACAGACACAUAUCUACGCUCCAAUGAGCAUUGAGCUGCGGAACAAGUAUCGCAUCGCUGGAAACCAGCCUGGAGUGGAGCCUCCAGAGCCUCUCGAGAUCGGCAUGUCGGAGCUCGGCGUACCCUCUGAUGGCCUCUACCUCCGCGAAGAUAUCGAGAUCAGGUGCAACAUUGCUGUCGUCAGCUUCGUCAAGGCUCAACUCAAGGCCGCCUCCAAAAGAUGUCCCCCUCCCUGGGUUCGCGCCAUCAUCCGCCUCUCACUCCCCCAGCUCUACCAUCAAAGGACGGGGUCAACCGCCCACUCAGUCACGCAGCAGGCGGCACCAGUGGAGAUGCCCGGGGACUAUUACCAUCCGCAGAUGUCCCCAGGGUUUUCGCACCACCCGAACAGAGAUUCGCAGCAAUCUAGAAUAUCCCGUGCAUCGACACAAGGCGUCAACCCCUUGUGGGGCCACCGGCACGAACCCUCCUAUGACGGCUCUUUUCAACCUCCCCAAGCCGGCUUUACGUCGUCUGGGUUAGACCAUCAAGGCGUCACAGCGGAGCUCUCGUCUCAUAAGGAGGCCGACGAAGGCCAGCCAAGCAAAGGCCAAUACGAAUACAACUACAACCCUCAGGAUUACCGGAACGUAAGGACUUGA